UGUUUCUGCAGCUGCUGCUUGUCACUCGUCUGCACUGAACAGACGUUUUGGGGGAAAGGACUCGGCUCACCAAUGUUCAGCCAUGAAGCUUCAGCGUGCAGGACAUAUCUCUGUGUUUCUGCUCACACUGCUCUCUGUGUGUUGGUGCAGGAAUGAGGAAGAGCGUCUGAUCCACCACCUGUUCAUAGAACAAGGAUACAACAAAGAACUGCGACCUGUGCAGCGGCAACAGGACGCCGUCGACAUUCAGUUCGCCCUUACAUUGUCCAACCUCAUCUCUCUGAAAGAAGUAGACGAGACACUGUUAACGAAUGUUUGGAUGGAACACAUCUGGUAUGAUUACAGGCUAACAUGGAACGAGACUGAGUUUGACGGCAUUGAGAUACUUCGCCUGCCAUCCAGCAUGGUGUGGCUACCAGAGAUUGUACUGGAGAACAAUAACGAUGCCCAGUUCCAGGUUGCCUACUACUGUAAUGUGCUGGCGUACAGUUAUGGUAUGGUCACCUGGCAACCUCCUGCCAUCUUCCGGUCCUCCUGCCCCAUAAACGUCAACUACUUUCCCUUUGACUGGCAGAACUGCACGCUGAAAUUCACCUCUCUGACCUACAAUGCCAAAGAGAUCAGGAUGCUUCUGAAAGAGGACGAAGACGAGACAAAAAAGUGGACAGUGGAGUGGAUCGUCAUCGACCCCGCUGCCUGGACCGAAAACGGUGAGUGGGAGAUUAUCCACCGUCCAGCCAAGAGAAACAUCCACAAACAUAUUCCGAUGGACAGCAACAAGCACCAGGACAUCACCUGCUACCUGAUCAUCAAACGCAAGCCCCUCUUCUACAUCAUCAACAUCAUCAUCCCCUGUGUGCUCAUCUCCUUCUUGGCUGCACUGGUCUACUACCUGCCCGCUGACAGUGGUGAGAAGAUGACUUUGUCUAUCUCAGUGCUGUUGGCUCAGUCUGUCUUCUUACUGCUGAUCUCUCAGAGGAUGCCAGAGACGUCCAUGUCUGUACCUCUUAUUGUCAAGUACCUGAUGUUCAUCAUGGUGCUCGUGACGGUGGUGGUGUUGAACUGUGUGGUUGUCCUCAAUCUGCACUUCAGGACACCGAGCACCCAUGUCAUGACCGGGUGGACCAAGAGGGUGUUCCUUGAGUGGUUGCCCCGCCUACUGCGUAUGUCCCGCCCUCAAGAGUCGGAGCCAUACUGGGAUGGGGCGUUGCCUCGGCGAUCCAGCUCAGUGGGCUACAUCGCUGCAGCGGAGGAAUAUUAUAGCGUGAAGUCCCGCAGUGAGCUAAUGUUUGAGAGGCAGUCGCAGAGACACGGACUGAGAACACGACCUACACAUGCUGCUGUGACAAAGCCGCAGGAGGAAGGAGGUGUGACCGAGCAGCUGUACGCAGAGCUCAAACCUGGCGUGGACGGAGCAAAUUACAUCAUCAAACACAUGCGAAACAAGAACGACUACAACGAGGAGAAGGAUAACUGGAGCGGCAUCGCUCGCACGGUGGACCGGCUCUGUCUCUACCUGGUCACUCCGGUAAUGAUCUUCGGCACCGUCAUCAUCUUUGUGAUGGGACUCACCAAUCACCCUCCACCUCUGCCCUUCAAUGGAGACUCCCACAGUUACACAGAGGACAACCCACGGCUGCUGUGACACCAGACAGCAAAAAGCCACUCCUUUCACCGCAUUUUAUCUUUUUUCUUUUGACUGGGGUGAUGGCGACUUGUCGUUGUAGCUCUGGAUUUGAUGUAAAUGUGAUGUGACGUGUUAAGCAGGAGUCAUCAACCCUGUCCCCGGAGAUCACCUUUUCCAGUCCCUGCUCCACCCACUGCUGAUGAAACAUGCUCAGCCAGUAAAAACCUCUGGAAUCACCAGCUGCAGGUAGACGUGGAAAACGUGCAGGACAGAUGAUUUCCAGGAGUCGGUGAUUCCUGGUGUAAAGCAAAUUGACGUUGCAUUUUUAUUAGUGUGAUCUUGUUUGUUUUGUCUGUUUUGUUUUUUGAGGAAACAUUCAGCACAGAAUUUUUUUCAGCACUUCAACAACCAGCAGCUUUAGAAAGUUACAGCACAUAAAUGAUCAUGUUUUGUGCCGUUUAGACAGGAUUUGGAUUUGAGAUGCUUUAUAAAAAUUCUUCAAAAUUGUAAUUGUUGCUGUUUUGUUAUUUUUGUAGAGCAUAAAUCAUUCCCCAGUUUGUUUCAGUUUUAUGACACAUUGCUGCGAAAUAAAGUGUGUGAUAUUAAUUAGAAAACAUGAUGAUGGCUGAGAUUUCACUGUAUUGAAGAUCUGCAGAUUUGAAGUGUUGUAUUUGUUUGUCACUCAGCACCAUCCACACAUUAUUUUUCAGAAAAGAGUCUGUUUUCUAAAUUAUUAUCAUCAUGGCCUACUGUGAUUGUCACAGCUAAAAGGUAUGAGUUAAAUCAUACUAAGUGGUAAUUGCUUCUUAAUGCUCAGUCUGUGUGUCUUUUUGACCUCAUGCUUUGUGUUGGAUGUAAAGCUCCAAUAAAAUAUUGUAUUCAAAC